AUGUGGUGGAAAAUGGAUGUUGUAACAACAAAAAUAAUGAAAAUUAAAAAUAUUCUAAAAUAAAUAAAAGUUCAUGACUUUAAUAAGCAAGACUACUCUACCGAAGAAAAUAAAGAAAAGAAACAAAAUUUAAUUAAUAGCAUAAAUCAAAAUAAAUAGAUUUUAGAUUUUUUGUAAUUUUUAGUUUACCUCACCUCUAUAGAUGAUGCUGUAAUUUAAUGUGGGUCAAAUUCAUUCCAUAUAUUAAUUUAGAUGAAGUUUGACCUUAGUAACAAAAAUUUUGAAAAUAUUAAGAUCUAAAAUACUUCUUUAGAAGAAGCAAAUUUUGUAAGGUGUAAUUUUAGUUAAUCCUAAUUUAAUAAUGUCAACAUAGUGGAAAAAAUUUGAAUGGAUCAUUAUUAGUUAAUUGUAAAUGGAAAAGCUUAAGAGUUGCUGAAAUAACUAAAUUUAAUGGUCAUACUAGACCUGUGUUAUCAGUUUGUUUUUCUCCGGAUGGAAAUACAUUGGCUUCUGGUAGUUAUCAAGAAGUUCGUCUAUGGGAUGUCAAAACAGGAUAAUAAAAAGCCAAAUUGGAUGGUCAUUAUGGAACUGUCUACUCAGUCUGUUUCUCUCCAAAUGGAAAUACAUUAGCUUCUGGUAGUUUAGAUUACUCUAUCCGUCUAUGGGAUGUCAAAACAGGAUAAUAAAAAGCCAAAUUGGAUGGUCAUUAUGGAACUGUCUACUAAGUCUGUUUCACUCCAAAUGGAAAUACAUUAGCUUCUGGUAGUGAUGAUAGCUCUACCCGUUUAUGGGAUGUCAAAACAGGAGAAAAAAAUUAAUCCUCUGAUAAAAACCACAAAGCUAUUCUUGCUUAAUUUAAGAUUCCACUCGCAUAAAUUAGCCCUAUAUCGGAAGGUAAUAUUAAUAAUUAUUAUAUGUUUAGUUUCUAAUUACAUUACUACACUUUUUUUAUCCCAAAACGCAAUAUUUCAAUCUAAAGGAGCUUUAAUCUUGAAAGGAGAAUUUAUUAAUCCAUCAGGUAUUGAUUUAAAGACAUUAUUCAAACAAAAAGGAAGUUGCUUUUUAGAAGACUUAAUGUAAAAGUGA